CGCCGCUGCCGCCGCUCCCCGGUGAGGCUCGCGCUCGAGCUGCGGCGCCGGCCCCGCCGCCUGGGCUCCGGGCCCGGCCCCUCCCGCGCCGCCCGGGCGAUGAGAAGCUGCUUCUGCGUGAGACGGAGCCGGGACCCGCCGCCGCCGCAGCCGCCGCCGCCCCAGCGGGGAACAGACCAAUCCACAAUGCCUGAAGUCAAAGACCUUUCAGAAGCUUUGCCAGAGACGUCGAUGGAUCCCAUCACGGGAGUGGGGGUGGUGGCUUCUCGGAACCGAGCCCCAACAGGCUAUGAUGUAGUUGCACAGACAGCAGAUGGUGUGGAUGCUGACCUCUGGAAAGACGGCUUAUUUAAAUCCAAGGUUACCAGAUACCUGUGUUUCACGAGAUCAUUUUCCAAAGAAAAUAGUCAUUUAGGGAACGUGUUAGUGGAUAUGAAGCUCAUUGACAUCAAGGACACUCUGCCUGUAGGCUUCAUCCCAAUUCAGGAGACAGUGGACACACAGGAAUUGGCUUUUAGAAAAAAGAGGCUGUGCAUUAAAUUUAUCCCACGGGAUUCAACUGAAGCUGCAAUUUGUGACAUUCGGAUCAUGGGCCGGACCAAGCAGGCCCCUCCUCAGUACACGUUUAUUGGGGAACUGAACAGCAUGGGGAUCUGGUAUCGAAUGGGCAAAGUACCGAGGAAUCAUGAUUCAUCUCAACCCACAACACCUUCCCAGUCAUCAGCUGCUUCCACCCCAGCCCCCAAUCUCCCCAGGCACAUCUCACUAACGCUCCCUGCUACCUUCCGAGGCAGGAACAGCACUCGGGCUGACUACGAGUACCAGCACUCCAAUCUGUAUGCCAUAUCAGCAAUGGAUGGUGUGCCUUUCAUGAUUUCAGAGAAGUUUUCUUGCGUUCCAGAAAGUAUGCAGCCCUUUGAUCUCUUGGGAAUCACCAUCAAAUCUCUGGCAGAAAUUGAAAAAGAGUAUGAAUACAGCUUCCGCACGGAACAGAGCGCUGCUGCCCGGCUCCCGCCCAGCCCCACUCGGUGUCAGCAGAUCCCCCAGUCCUGAGGGCCCGGCCACCACCCUGGCCCCGUGUGGAGAAGACGCUGCUGCCCAG